UUUUGACGUUGCUACAACUUGCUCGUUCAUAUCUAGUUUUACCAAUGUAGAGCUUAAGGUUUUCUCAAAAUGUCCGUAAUUUAAGUAACAUCUAUUUAUUUAAACGGAAUACAUCUUAAAUGACGCCCACGAAGACCACUAAAACCGAAGUAGAAAUGGUGAUACGGAACAGAAAAACAGUUAUGAAAGACGGGAUAAUGACAAUGUCUGGAAUCGGCGAGCCUUCUGUUUUUCACGCUCUGGUCGUCAUUUUUUUGGAGUUUUUCGCGUGGGGCUUGCUCACUAUGCCGAUAAUAUCGGUACUGAACGCGACCUUUCCCGACCACACGUUCCUGAUGAACGGAUUGAUCAUGGGAAUCAAGGGCAUACUGUCUUUCCUCUCCGCGCCACUCAUCGGAGCCCUGUCGGACGUGUGGGGCCGCAAGUUCUUUCUGUUGGUGACGGUAUUCUUCACAUGUGCCCCGAUCCCGCUCAUGACUAUCAAUACCUGGUGGUUCUUCGCGAUGAUCAGCAUCAGCGGAGUGUUCGCGGUCACGUUUUCGAUAGUGUUCGCGUACGUGGCUGACGUGACGACCGAAGCGGAGCGGUCUCGCGCGUACGGCCUCGUCUCCGCUACGUUUGCGGCUAGUCUAGUCAUAUCACCCGCUUUGGGUGCCUACCUUAUGGAUUUGUAUGGAGAGUCCCUCGUCGUGGCUGCCGCUACCGCUGUUGCUGUACUGGACGUGUUCUUUAUCAUGGUCGCGGUGCCUGAGAGCCUCCCAGAGAAAGUGAGACCAACCGGCUGGGGCCCUGUCAUCAGCUGGGAACAAGCAGAUCCUUUUGCUGCACUGAGGAAAGUUGGUGCUGAGCGCACUGUGCUCAUGCUAUGUGUGGCAGUAUUCCUCUCCUAUCUGCCUGAAGCUGGACAGUACUCAUGCAUAUUUGUUUACUUGAAACUAGUGAUGGGUUUUGGUGUAGUGCAAGUGGCCAUAUUUAUUGCUAUUGUUGGUGUUUUGAGCAUCGGAGUGCAAGUUAUUCUCGGAUUUUUGAUGAAGUCUCUGGGAGCAAAACAUACAAUAAUGGUGGGACUAUUGUUUGAGAUGCUGCAAUUGAUGUGGUAUGGAUUUGGCAGUCGUACGUGGAUGAUGUGGGCUGCUGGUGUGUUAGCCGCACUUGGUUCCAUCACAUACCCAGCGAUCAGUGCUUACGUGUCAGUAAACAGCCGUGCAGACCGACAGGGAGUUGUACAAGGCAUGGUGACUGGAGUCCGUGGACUUUGUAAUGGCCUGGGUCCAGCCAUGUUUGGAGUAAUCUUCUAUCUCUUCCAUGUAGAUUUAAAUGAAGGUCAUAACAAAACUGGUAGGAUUCCUGAAGAGAGGCAUGCAUUACUGGUUCCUGGGCCACCAUUCGUUUUGGGUGCAUUACUCGUCAUUUGUGCAUUGCUGGUGACCGCUUUCUUACCUGAGGAGGAUUCAAAUGGAAGACGUGCACCAGCUGAUCUCCGAUUCGAGAUGGAGCGCGGGCGGCGUGUUGCUGGCCCUCUGUCCCCGCUCAUGGCGCCCGAAUCAGCAGCACUCUAGCCGGCGGUCCAGGCGGGGCGCGCCGCCAGCGUGUAACUCGCCGACGCUCCUGUGAGUGAACUCCUGUGAGUGUUUCUUUACCAACCUCGACAUAUUGCAGGCCUCCUACGUUACAGUAGAGAGUUGAUCAGCUUAGUCUGUUGCGUGUUUCCUAAGCUUUAUAUGAGUUAAUAAAAUAAAUGAAAGUGAACUUAAAAACAUGUGAAUAGUUUAAGUCACUCAUAAAAUUUGAGCAUUUAUCAUUAUGAGCUGAGCAUCACAUGAUUAGAAGCUGAAGUAUUUAUUAACUUUAAGUAUUUGUGUCAAAAUGAGUAACGCUCAGAGCUGGUAAACAUUAUUUAAGGUGUUGUAUGUCCACAGUGGUUGAACAUUAUUUAAAUUGUCAUGCCAUUGUCGUAUAUGGUGCACUGUGUGAUAAUUUAAAUUAUAUGCAAAGCAUAUAAAUUUAGUAUCGUAAGGUAAAGAAAAACACAAUCUUCUGUAUGAUAUGUCCUGUCCAAUUUAGUAUUUUAUUAUGUGUAAAAGUAAGUAAUUAAUAGUUGAUAAAUAAAAAGCUAUAUUUUAAAAUGUGAUUGUGUUAAAUUUUGUGACUAUUGUGUUGUCUUUAUUGUUUUUGUGUUGAAGUUACCGGUAAAAAAUGUUUUUGGUUCUGGUUGUG